CGCGACCUACACUGAAUCAAGCAACAUUUUCCUCAGUCAACCUUCUCUUUACCUCGUCUAAAAAGUAAUCCAGAGAUGUCGGGCAAGGGCGCGAAGGGCCUUUCCGGCAAGGGUGCCAAGGGCACGAUGGGCGACAAGUUGAAGGGCGACAAGAAGAAGCCUACGAGUCGUUCAGCAAAGGCCGGCCUGCAGUUCCCUGUGGGCCGUAUUCACCGUCUUCUGAAGAGCCGCGUCACAGCUAACGGUCGUGUUGGUGCUACGUCUGCGGUGUACGCUGCGGCUAUCUUAGAAUACCUUACUGCUGAGGUUCUGGAGCUUGCCGGCAACGCCUCCAAGGAUUUGAAGGUGAAGCGUAUUACACCGCGCCAUUUGCAGCUCGCUAUUCGUGGUGACGAGGAGCUUGACACGCUCAUUAAGGCCACCAUCGCCGGCGGUGGUGUCAUUCCGCACAUCCACAAGUCGCUCAUCAGCAAGCAACAAAAGAAGGAGGGCGUGCCCAUGCUCGCAUGAUAUGCGUGAACAUGCUGCAUAGGACGUUGCUUUUCGUUGCCUGCGGAACGCUUGACAUGACCCCAUGUAUAAUAACAAUCGUUGUAACUGCAACCAUGCUUGCAUGAUUGACAUUGACGUUUGACGUGGCAAUAUCGGAGUGAUUCGGUGUGGUUCUGCCUUGGGCCGAAGAGUUAGUUAGUUACCACCGUAACGAACGGUCAGUUGCAAGUUGCGUGCACUGGGCCAAUGCCCCCUCGCCCAUGAGAUAAACUAUCAUCUUGAUCUGUAAACUCUCAAGCUUCGCUAC